GCCUUCCCUUUCCGGACCCAGGAGCUCGAACGCGGCAGGACCGGUCGGAACCUUAGAGAGGACCAGUCACCAGGUUUUAAGAUGCUGCGAGUACAAAGGACCAAACUGGGCAGGCUGGGGCUCAGCUUCUCCAAAGGGCUUCACCACAAAGCGGUGGUGGCCCUGAGGCGGGAGGAUGUGAAUGCCUGGGAGAGAAGAGCACCUCUGGCUCCCCGGCACAUCAAAGGCAUCGCCAACCUGGGAUACAAAGUCCUCAUACAGCCUUCCAAUCGGCGGGCCAUUCAUGACAAGGAAUAUGUCAAAGCUGGUGGCAUUCUUCAGGAGGAUAUUUCUGAAGCUUGUCUAAUUUUGGGAGUUAAAAGACCCCCAGAGGAAAAAUUAAUGUCUAAGAAGACUUAUGCAUUCUUCUCCCACACAAUAAAGGCUCAGGAGGCCAAUAUGGGCUUGCUGGAUGAGAUUCUGAGACAGGAAAUCCGACUUAUUGAUUAUGAGAAAAUGGUGGAUCAUAGAGGAACACGGGUAGUGGCGUUUGGACAGUGGGCAGGUGUGGCAGGGAUGAUCAACAUUUUACAUGGAAUGGGGUUAAGGCUCCUUGCUUUGGGACAUCACACACCUUUUAUGCACAUUGGCAUGGCUCAUAACUACAGGAACAGUGGUCAGGCUGUGCAAGCUGUCCGCGAUGCUGGCUAUGAAGUAUCUCUGGGAUUGAUGCCAAAGUCGAUAGGGCCUUUAACAUUUGUGUUCACAGGGACUGGUAAUGUAUCUAAGGGAGCCCAAGAAAUCUUCAAUGAGUUACCUUGUGAAUAUGUAGAACCACAUGAAUUAAAAGAAGUUUCCCAAAAUGGAGACCUGAGAAAAGUGUAUGGGACAGUGUUAAGUCGCCAUCAUCAUCUUGUCAGGAAAACAGAUGGUGUAUAUGAUCCUGUAGAGUAUGACAAAUAUCCUGAGCGCUACAUAAGCCGUUUUAAUACUGAUAUUGCACCCUAUACAACUUGUUUAAUUAAUGGAAUCUACUGGGAACAAAACACCCCUCGUCUACUAACUCGCCAAGAUGUCCAGAGUCUCUUGGUCCCAGGCAAGUCCUCUGUUGCUGGUGUGGAAGGCUGCCCUGCAUUACCACACAAACUUGUCGCAAUAUGUGACAUUUCAGCUGACACAGGAGGAUCAAUAGAGUUUAUGACUGAGUGUACGACAAUAGAACAUCCCUUUUGUAUGUAUGAUGCAGACCAGCAUAUUAUUCAUGACAGUGUUGAAGGCUCUGGGAUUCUGAUGUGUUCCAUUGACAAUUUGCCAGCACAGCUUCCAAUUGAAGCUACAGAAUACUUUGGAGACAUGCUUUACCCUUAUGUUGAAGAAAUGAUAUUAUCAGAUGCGACACAGCCUCUUGAAAGUCAGAAUUUUUCUCCUGUGGUACGAGACGCAGUAAUUACAUCCAACGGUGUAUUGACGGAUAAGUAUAAAUAUAUCCAGAAACUCCGAGAGAGCAGGGAACUUGCUCAGUCACUUUCAAUGGGCACCAAGAAAAAGGUCUUGGUUCUUGGAUCUGGUUAUGUAUCCGAACCUGUAUUGGAAUACCUGUCAAGAGAUAACAAGAUAGAAAUAACAGUAGGCUCUGACAUGAAGAACCAAAUUGAACAGUUAGGUAAGAAAUAUAAUAUUAAUCCUGUUAGCAUGGACAUUAGCCAACAAGAAGAGAAGUUGAGCUCCUUGGUGGCAAAACAGGAUCUUGUCAUCAGCUUGUUGCCUUAUGCAUUGCAUCCUCUUGUGGCGAAGGCAUGCAUCACAAGCAAAGUUAACAUGAUCACUGCAAGCUACAUCACACCGGCGCUAAAAGAAUUAGAAAAAAGUGUGGAAGAUGCUGGUAUCACAGUCAUUGGUGAACUGGGAUUGGACCCUGGUCUUGAUCAUAUGUUGGCAAUGGAAACCAUAGAUAAGGCCAGGGAAGUGGGAGCCACGAUUGAAUCUUAUAUUUCCUACUGUGGUGGGCUUCCAGCCCCUGAACAUUCAGACAAUCCUUUGAGAUACAAAUUUAGCUGGAGUCCAGUGGGAGUUUUGAUGAACAUAAUGCAGCCGGCCACCUACCUGCUCAAUGGAAAGGUUGUGAAUGUUGCAGGGGGCAUCUCCUUUCUUGAUGCAGUUACUCCCAUGGAUUAUUUCCCCGGCUUAAAUUUGGAAGGCUAUCCUAACAGAGACAGUACAAAAUAUGCUGAGAUUUAUGGCAUUCCAUCUGCGCACACUUUGCUGCGGGGGACACUGAGAUAUAAGGGGUAUGCCAAAGCUUUGAAUGGAUUUGUAAAACUGGGUCUUAUAAACAGAGAUGCAUUCCCUGCCCUUCAACCUGAGGCCAAACCUCUCACCUGGAAAGAGCUCCUUUGUGAUCUGGUUGGGAUUUCACCCUCCUCCAAGCAUGAUGUGCUCCAGGAAGCGGUCUUUCAGAAACUAGGAAGAGACAGUACCCAGCUGGAGGCUGCUGAAUGGUUGGGCUUACUUGGAGAUGAACAAGUCCCUCAAGCAGAGUCUGUGGUGGAUGCACUCUCCAAGCAUUUGGCCAGGAAACUCGCCUAUGGCCCUGGAGAGAAAGAUAUGAUUGUGAUGAGAGACAGUUUUGGAAUCAGACAUCCUUCUGGACAUUUGGAAAAUAAAACUAUUGAUCUUGUGGUUUAUGGAGACAUCAAUGGCUUUUCAGCCAUGGCUAAAACUGUGGGGUUACCCACUGCUAUGGCAGCCAAGAUGUUGCUUGAUGGUGAAAUUAAAGGUAAAGGCCUGAUGGGUCCCUUUUCAAAGGACAUCUAUGGACCAAUAUUGGAGCGAAUUAAAGCAGAAGGCAUUAUAUAUACAACGCAGAGCAUAAUCAAACCAUAAUUGAGAAUUAUAUCUUGUUUUUAUCUUCCUAGCACCGUAGCUCUGAACAUUUGUGCAACGAACCUGCUUGCUAAUGUGCUGCUUUGAAAUAUAAAGCAUGAUAAUGUUUGAGUCAGUCAAUACAAUGAUGUUUUUAAAAUAUAAAUCUCUAUUUUAAUAUGAAAACAUUUGGAGCAGGAGAUGCCAGUAAUUACCAGAGAACUUCAAUAAUUCUACAUUUUUUUCAUGUGUAUGCAAAAGUGAUGAUUGUGCUAUAUGUUAAUUUAUUGUGCAACUUUUUUCUUAUGAGAGUAUAUUUUCCUAUGAUCAGCAGAUAAACUUAUCUUUUUAGUAAGAAAAAAAUUUUUCACACAGCUAUAU